GACUUUGUCACUUUUCAGUCAGUCAAAAAUGUUUACCUAAAUAUUCUGACAGUUCGUAACUUUUUUAAAACUGAUUGUCAAAUUAUUUUUUUUGCCAAUAUUUUUUGGUCAAAAUUCAGCAUGAAAACAGUUGUAUCUAAAACAGGAAUAGAAGUAUUAUAUCCAUGCACUAUCCAUGUACUAACCAAUGAAGCAAUAAUCGAAUGUGAAUAUAAAUCCGACAACAUAGGCCAAGAUCUUAUGGAUUACAUUUGUGAUUAUUUUAGUCUAAAAGAAAUAGAUUAUUGGGGACUCAAAUUUAUAGACACUUACGGACAACGACACUGGUUGGAUGUGAAUAAGUUGAUUAGGAUUCAAGUAAAGAACUGUUGCCCAGUACAUUUUCAGCUUAGAAUAAAAGUGUAUCCGCCACAGCCUUAUAAACUAUCAGAUCAAUCGGCAAAAGAUCAGAUUUUCAUACAACUAAGAUUUGCUUUAAUUAGUGGUAGUUUAAGUUGUGGACCUAAUGAUGUUCCAUUGUUUGUCAGUUUGAUUCUUCAAUACAUUUACGGCGAUUACGAUGAAAACGUACACUUUGGUAAUUACGUUAAAGAGAAAAUAAUCAUCAAUCAAACUUUUACUGCAGAAUUAAAAGCUAUAGAGAUACACAAGAAUUAUCUGAAAGGUUUGAAUGAGGAGCAAGCAAUUGAUUUGUUUUUGAGAUUAGCUUGCCAGUUAGAAACGUAUGGAGUGGAUCCUUAUUUGGUUGAAAACGAUAAAAACGAAAAGUUAAUUUUAUAUAUUAAUUACAAAGGAAUUGCAACAUAUAAAGAUAGUGAAAGAGUAAACUUUUAUGAUUGGAUGACUAUCAGUAAAAUUACACAAUCAAAAAGGUUAAUAUACAUUCACUUGACAAGUAAUAAAGUUAUAACAUACGUUUGUGUAACUGAAGGAGAAUGCAACUAUAUUUACCUAGGAGCUUUAAGUCACUUAAUUUUUUUUACUACAUCCGGAUACCAGUCAACUGUCGGAAUAAUUGGUAAUAAAAAAGAAGAUGAUACAUCAACUGAAGUAGUUAUGAAGUAUAAAUCUGACCCAAAGGAGGAUUUAUUUCGAAUAAACCGAAAUAGAAAUAAAUUAUCUAAAUUUCGCAAAAUUUAUAACUUUUUUAUUUGUAGGCAUACAAUUUUAUUUAUAGUUUUUGUUAGUGUUUGUUUUCUAGUGCAUGUAUUAGAAUUAUUCCAGUACAACAUUUUAGAAAUUUCGGAAAGAAUUAAAUUAUUAAGAUGGAGUUUCGAUUAAAAAUUGUUAUUUUGGUGAUAGAAAUUGAAAUUUUUGUAGAUUUAUUUUGUAAUUAGUAUACAAUUUACUAAUUUCUAUUUUUUUUUAAGUAAAAUAAAAACGUGUCAACUCAAAUUAUUUUUAUAUAGGGUGUUUCAGAAUAAAGUAUCGUAAAUAAGGG